AUGGCAACAGAUAGAAUUCAUCCCACUGAAGAAUUCAAUAUUGAAGACUCAUCGGAAUCUCAUGGAACCAAUAAAUUGAAUGCAUUCAGUAAAUUCUUAAAACCCUUAUCCACCGGAUUAAAUAGAAUUCAUACCAUUGUUUUAGAAACUGGCCUUACUAAUAACGAAAAAAUUACAUUUGAAACAGAGGUAUCAGAGAAGAAAGAUUAUUGUUUGUUAUGUCGGAAAUGGUCUAUUGGGAUUGUGGAAAUAAUUGCUUUAACGUUAAUAUAUUUUAUGAUGAUGGGAGCGAAGGGUUUAUUUAUUAGCAUAAUCCUUGAAAAAUUAUCAAAAGACAAAUUACUGUCUUAA